AGGCACCCAAGCCGAAAGAGGACACUUCGAAUGGCGUUCACAAAGUUCAUUGUUCUCUCGGCCAUAGUGUUGUUAUUGUAAAGUGUUUUUCGUUUUGGAAGGUCGAUUGUGAUUUGUAGGCUUUAGAAUACAGUGGGUAGAAUUGAUUUUCAUGUGUUCCAAUAUGUUUCUCAAUACAGACAACUCCAUUAUAAGCUCGCUCGUAUCACUGCUGUCAUUACAAUCAGUUACCAAUCGGCGAAACGAAUGUUCGGCCGCGAUACCAAUAAUCGAGGAAUACCGGUGUGCGAGAUUGAUUAUAUUUGUAGUACAAGCCUUAUUGGUGUUAUUUUCGUAAUUUGUGAAUGUUAAUUGUGCCAACUCAAAGUGUUUCCUUAUAUUUUGAAUUGAUUGAAUUUAUUAAUGUAGGGCAACGAAACUGCAUGUAGCCGUCAUAAUGACCAUUUCCGGGGAAUAUUACAAAAUUUUACAUUUUUGUUUCCGGGUAUCUGUGGAAAGAAAUCGAUAUAUCUGGCCAGUAACUUUUAGAUCUCCAGCCCUAUUUCUCUUACUCUGAAAGGGAAAUAGAAGAUGGCACCUCAGUUGUGUAAACUUCCUAUUGAAAAAUAUGCAAUAUCACUCAGCACAGUAAUGCAGCAGGAAGUAUAAAGUGGUGGGAUGCAUGCGGGAAUGGAUUCGUAUGACUUGUUUGGCGAAGAUGUAGGUGGCAGCAUGUUGGAUGGCUUGGCAGACCUAGGUGCCGACAACUUUGAUCCUGCACCAACACCUGUUUCGGGUGCCUCGCGUGAAACUGCAGGGGCAGGAAGUGGCUAUGUUCAACCAUCAUAUGGGCACCAGAUGUCCAGCAUGCAGCAAGAAUCCCCACUCCAGAAGUUGGCUUCAUUUGGUGAUGAUUUUACAUCAUCAAACCAUAUUGAUCCAUCACCACAAACCAUAUUUCAUCAGAAUCAAAGUGGGUAUGAUACUGCACGACCUAUGUGCCCUCCUAGUGCUGUUGGAGGAUAUCAGGGUCAUGUUAGAACAAUGGCCCCACAACAUGAUAUGAGAAGACCACCUCACCCCCAAGGUCCCUCAACAACUCAGUACCCACCUUAUUGUCCACCCGAUACCAUAUAUUCAAUGGAUCAACAACAAGGAAUUGGUGGUCCAAACAUGAACAUGAAUGAUGGGAUGCAAGCGUGGAACAGUGCUUCAAGUUAUCCUGGUGCCAUUAGGCAUUAUAGUCAAAUGAACCAAGGUGCAUAUCGACAACAUGUGAACUAUCCCCACCAGCAGGACAAUAGUAUGGGGGCACAGCAGAAACUGGGCCCUCAGCAGCAGUAUUCAGCAAACCAGCCAGGUCUCAUGAACUCCAUGAUGCAGAACAUUCCAGCAACUGGGGCAUAUCCCAUUCCACAGCAGCAGAGAAUGCAGUCCAGUAUGGCUCAGCAGCAGUGCUAUCCACAGGGCUCACAGUCCAUGGUAUAUCCAGGGUCAAACUCAGCAUCAGCAUAUGGUGGCUACAACCCUAUGCAGCAGCAACAUCAGCAGGCAAACAGGAUGCCACAUCAUGUGCAGUAUCCACAGCCUAAUCAGCAGCAGAUGCAGCCACAGAUGGAUUUGAAUGCACAACAGAAUCAGCAGCAGGCUUCAUAUAACCACAUUCAGCAGCAUGGGCAACCUGUACCACCAAGUCCUGGACAGAUGGGACAUCCAGGAGUUGGGGGUUACAAUCAGCAGGCUGCUUCUGCAUUGACACAGCCACACCAACAGAUGCCAAGACCAAUAGGUAUUGAGGUGACAGCUGGAGCAGCAGGUUCACAGUAUAAUGCUGGUGGACAGAAGCCCCAUGGCCCAUCUCUUGGAGGAGCCAGCCCACAGUAUAGAGCACCCUUUCCCCAGCUUUCACCUCAGAUGUCCCCAAGACCUCAAAUGUCUCCUCGACCUACACCACCCCAACAGCAGAUGUCUCCUCGCCCAGUGAUGUCUCCUGCCAAACCAAGCACUCUGUCCCCUCAUCCACAUCCACAGCAGUCCACAUUAUCACCACGCCCAGCCACUGCCCUCACUCCAAAGUCCACCACGUCUUCUCCUGCCCCAAUGCCUAUGCCAUCAUUUCCACAACAGAGUACUUUACAGCAGCUGGAGCAGAUGGUCAUGCCACCGGUGUCUGGCAGCUCGACAGAAUAUCCCUCCUAUCAACCCAGAACUCCACUUGUCCCCCCACCUCAGCAGAACAAUCCAUUAUCUCCAGUGCUGGGUCCACGGAUGCCUAUGUCACCCCAGCAGUGGCCACAUCAACCCUCUAGACCACCAGUCAGCUUAAAUGGUGGCAGUGGUAUGUUGGAGCCACAGAGUAAUCAAGGAAUUUCCUAUCUCCCCCACACAGCGUGUGACUCUAGGUCAAUGGAGCCACAAAAGGUUGUUCCACCAACAGUUGGAGCAGGUCAGGAUAUUGGGAUGUCGCCACUUCAGAACUCAGCACCUCCACCAGUUAGUGAUUCCAGCAAUAAUCUUGUGCCACAGUCUGAGUUUAGUUCAGCAUCACAACUCUUGGGUGACAAGUUCUCAUCAAACAAUAGGACUCCUAACAUGAAUGGUGCAGACAGUAGUUUGAAUGGUCACAUUCCUCCUUCACUUGCCCCAACUACACCAUCUUCAUCAAACUUGGACAUGUCAAGUAACCAGUCUAUGGAUACAGCACCUAAGACUGUAGAUAUGAAGCCUAGCAGUAGUACCAGCUUGUUGCCAAGUCUAGGUCUUCCACCUACAGAACAGUCAGCAUAUGCUGAAUUCAGUGCCGGCAGUAGUAGUGUUCCAUCGUACCAAUCAAGUGGUGUAGAUGAUAUGAUGCCUUCCCAGUAUCCAGCUCCUGUGGAUGGAGGUCUGUCUGUACCAGACCAGAACUCUGAUGGAAUGAUGAAUACCUCUUCACUGUAUGACCCCAGUAUUGUAGGAACAAGUUCCCACCACCCACUUCCUCUCCCCCCACCAAGCCUGGGACUUUCAGCAUUCAGCCAUCAGCAAGAGAUGGCAGCAUUGCAGCAGCAGCUUCAGGAGAUGUACUGUAUGCCACCUGGACCAGAUCAUCAGGAGAAGAUCGUGAGACUACAGGAUCGGAUUGCAAUUGUUCAGCAGCACAUGGCCACAGAGCAGUGUUCUGGAGGACCACACUGUAUGCUCCAGGACAGCAUGUUCGUGUCACCUUUUCUAGAUCAUACAUCACAGGUCACCAGUACAACAGGAAAAGGAAAGGGCAAAAGCUCUUCCAGAGGAAAGAAGGGAAGGAAAAAAGCAAUUGAAAUAAAUCCUUUGUUGGUGGAUUCUUCUGUUAUGCCUGAUAUGAACAUUGGUGAAUGUAUGGAAGAGUUUCAUCAACCCUUAGAACUGAAACCGAAGAAACCCAAGUCUCCACGGAAACCUAGGGAACCCAAAAAGCCCAAAGAACCCAAACCACCGAAAGAACCCAAGCUGCCAAAAGAACCUAAGCCACCAAGAGAACCAAAGCCUCCUAAGGAACCAAAAGCACCGAAAGAACCAAAAAGGAAGCGUGAACCAAAAGUACCAGGUGAUCCUAAAACAGCUAAACCUAGAAGGAGAAAUACAAAGAAGAAGAAAGAAGGUGAAGUCAUACAGGAGUUGAUAGAUCCGUUGGCAUUGGAACAAAGCAAUGAACAGCUGAUGGUAGCAGAAGCACGCAGCACAGGUUCACCUACUAUUACAAUUAUUGAGUCUCUGGAUGGGAGUCUUACAUCUUUAACCACCUCUGCUGCCAGCAGCCUGACCACUUCUAUAACUGCCACUACCGUUAACACCAACACUGCCACAACUGCCAUUGAUCGUCUAUCCAUAGCAGAGGUAGCUGACAAGUCCAUAGAGGGAGAUCCUGAAACACCUGUACUUAUUAAAGAGUCAGAAGAUCCAGCAAGUCCAAACAAGAGUUUGUCUGAGUCAUCUGUUAAAGGCACUCUCACGCCUAAGAAACCGAAGAAGGAUAGAAAGCCCAAAGUGAAAGCCAUCUUUGCAGGAAAGAAGAAUUCAAAGGGUGCAUUUUCAAGUUCAAAGAAGAAGAAGAAGUUGAGUACAGCAGAUGAGUCUGAAGUUGAGGAUAUGAUGGCAACACCUCCUCCAUCUCCUGAAGAUGAUUCAGAAGCUUCUAAAAAUAAACGGCGAUCUGCUCGUAAUACUCAUCGGAAGAAGUAUGUAGAUGAUAUAAUGCUAAGUAUAUCUGACGACGAUUCCCCAAAGGAAGGCACCCCUAAGCAGGAUACUUCUAAAGCCUCUUCAGAUGAUGCCGUGGAUCCCGCUGUGAAACCUAACUUUGUGUAUAUUAAUACAACAGAUGAAGAUUCUAUGGUUGUCCAAUACAUUCUUGCUGUUCGGAAAGGUAGAAGAGAAGUGAAAGUGUUGCCUGAAAACAAAGAAAUAAAGCAACAAAUUGAAACCAGGACAGAAGACAAAUCAGUUGUGUUAAACUCUGGAGAUAUUAAUCAUGAUGCUUCUACUAAAAGUGAAGUUCUAAGUAAGGAUCCUGUAUCACAGGGUCAUGUUGAUAUGGGAUUCAGCAGCCUGAAGCAUCCUGACUACUUGGUGGAUGGGAGAGAGAGGUCUGAACUGUGUGUGGAUGGUGGUCUUUUCAUAAAAGAAGGCCACCGAGAUGAAGAUAAAGGAUCUAAUAAUAAUUUCAAACCUAGUAUUACAUGUAUUGACCUUUGUGAAGAGAAACCUGUUUCUUCCAAGCAGAAAGAACCUCCUGCUGAUGAAAUGAAAUUGAAGAUUGAUAGAGUUAGAGAGCCACAUAGUGCCAAAGAAGAGAAUAGUAUACGGGAGAGAUUCAAACAGGAUUUGAUUCACAGUAAAUCAGAUGUUCAGUAUGUAGAGGUAGAAGAAUACUUUGUUAAGUACAGGAAUUUCUCAUACCUUCAUUGUGAGUGGAAGACUGAGGAUGAGCUGUUUAAGGGAGAUAAGAGAAUAUCGGCAAAAUUGAAACGCUUCAAGCAGAAAAUGGCACAUCACGCAAAUAUUUUUGAAAAUCUGGAAGAUGAACCGUACAAUCCAGACUAUGUUGAAGUGGACAGAGUGCUGGAUAUGGCAGAACACACUGAUCCUAACACUGGUAAAACAAUUAAACACUACCUUGUGAAGUGGCGUUCCAUGCAGUAUGAAGAUAGUACCUGGGAGCUGGAGGAAGAUGUUGACCCUGUCAAAAUACAGCAGUAUGAAAACAACAACAAGCGGCCAUCAAAGGAGAAAUGCAAGACAAAAAAGAAGCCAAGUCGUGAUGAGUGGGUUAAGUUGGAGGAAUCACCUAACUACAAGAAUGGAAACAAACUGAGAGCAUAUCAGUUGGAAGGACUUAACUGGUUGCUCUUUUCGUGGUACAAUGGGCAAAAUUGCAUUUUGGCAGAUGAGAUGGGGCUGGGGAAAACAAUUCAGUCGUUGACGUUUAUCCAUGCCGUUCAUGAAUAUGGUAUUAGAGGACCAUUUCUUGUCAUAGCACCUCUGUCCACUAUACCCAACUGGCAGCGGGAAUUUGAAGCUUGGACCGAUAUGAAUGUAAUUGUUUAUCAUGGAUCGACUGCAAGUAGAAACAUGGUUCAGGAGUAUGAGAUGUACUACAGGAAUGAGAAAGGAAUACCAGGGAAAGAUAUACCAAAGUUCAAUGUUCUCAUCACUACAUUUGAGAUCAUUAUUGCUGAUUGCAUGGAACUGAAGGAAUUUAGUUGGAGGCUUUGUGUUAUUGAUGAAGCUCAUCGUCUGAAGAACAGAAAUUGCAAACUGAUUGAAGGGCUGAGACUGCUGAAUUUGGAACACCGAGUCCUGUUAUCUGGGACUCCUCUUCAGAACAAUGUGAAUGAACUAUUCUCACUGCUCAACUUCCUAGAGCCAACACAGUUCUCUAGUAGUGAAGCCUUCCUCAAGGAAUUUGGAGCGCUGAAGACUGAAACAGAAGUGCAAAAGCUGAAGGCUGUUCUCAAACCUAUGAUGCUGAGGAGACUGAAGGAAGAUGUAGAGAAGUCCAUUGCUCCAAAGGAAGAAACGGUUGUAGAGGUGGAACUCACAAACAUUCAGAAGAAAUAUUAUCGUGGAAUUCUGGAAAGGAACUUCUCAUUCCUGUCAAAAGGUACAACAUCAGCAAAUGUGCCAAAUUUAAUGAACACCAUGAUGGAGCUUCGCAAGUGUUGCAUUCAUCCAUACCUUCUCAAUGGUGCUGAGGAACAAAUUCAGUUUGAUUAUCGGCAGACAAAGCAGUUGAGUUCUGACGAUCCUGAUGGUUAUUACCAAGCUCUGAUUCAUUCUUCAGGCAAGAUGGUUCUCAUUGACAAGCUGCUGCCAAAGUUGAAAGCAAAUGGUCAUAGGGUUUUGAUAUUUAGUCAGAUGGUGCGCUGCUUAGACAUAUUAGAAGAUUAUUUGGUGUUCAGGAAAUAUCCAUUUGAAAGGAUAGAUGGACGUAUCCGUGGCAAUCUGCGCCAGGCUGCAAUUGACAGGUUUAGCAAACCAGACUCUGAUCGGUUUGUGUUCCUGCUGUGUACAAAAGCUGGUGGUUUGGGUAUCAACUUGACAGCUGCAGAUACAGUUAUUAUUUAUGAUAGUGACUGGAACCCUCAGAAUGAUUUGCAGGCACAAGCUCGAUGUCACCGCAUUGGUCAGCAGAAGAUGGUGAAAGUGUACCGUCUGUUAUGUCGUAAUACUUAUGAGCGAGAGAUGUUUGACAAAGCAUCAUUGAAGCUGGGCCUUGACAAGGCGUUGUUGCAAAGCAUGAAUACUACUCAGGGCAAAGACCACAACAACAAACAACUUUCGAAGAAAGAGAUUGAGGAUCUGCUAAAGAAAGGUGCAUAUGGUGCAAUAAUGGAUGAAGACAGUGCUGGAGAUAAAUUCUGUGAAGAAGACAUUGACCAGAUUCUAGAGCGUCGCACACAAAUCAUAACUUUGGAAUCAGAGAAGGGUUCUACAUUUUCCAAAGCCAGUUUUGCUUCCUCUGGAAUUCGAUCUGAUAUUGAUAUUGAUGACCCAGACUUUUGGAAAAAAUGGGCCAAGAAAGCUGAGAUUGAUACAGUGGAGGAGAGUGACAAGAAUGAAUUGGUCAUUUCUGAGCCCCGACGCCGCACACAAAUAAAGAGAUAUGGCCAUGAUGAAAGUGUUGUGGAUAUGUCAGAGUUAGACAGUUCGUCUGAAAGUGAUGAAGAUCCAUCCAUAGGUGUUGGAAGGGGCAGAGGGCGAAGAAGCAAGACAAAACAUGGAAAAAAAUCAAGGUUGAAGUUCUUGAGUGACGAUUAUGUCCCCAAAGAUGGUGAAAUUGUGUAUGGCAGUUGGGCCCGAAGUGAGUGCUUCAAAGUUGAAAGAGGUCUUUUGACAUUCGGGUGGGGAAGGUGGCCAGAGAUACUUGCUCACAGUCACUUCCGUCGAGGGUGGAGAGAAAGUGAUGUAGAAGACUGUGCCCGUGUUAUAUUGCUGUUCUGUUUGAGAUAUUAUCGUGGUGAUGACAAAAUCCGCAGUUUUAUUUGGGAUCUAAUUACGCCAUCAGAAAACGGAGAGACCAGGUUUCCAAGAAAUCACUUGGGUUUGAAUACGCCAGUCCCACGAGGCCGGAAGAAUAAGAAGCACAUGAAGAAAGAUUUCCGUGAAUCACGGUCUUUUGCACAGGUGCAACAUGACCCACUUGAUAUGAAUGACUGGAGCCGCCACGAGAAAUACGAUGGUGACAUAUUCCUGGAGAACAACUACAAGAAGCAUCUCAGCAGGCAUGCCAACAAGAUCCUCCUGAGAGUACGAAUGUUGUAUUACAUCAAACAUGAAAUCCUUGGUGAGCUAGUACAACACAUAGCAGAUGGGGUCCAUGUUAGUGCCUUGCCGAUAUACCCACCCUAUUGUGAUCAGCCCCCUGCCCCCUGGUGGGACACUGAUGCAGAUAGAUCACUUCUGGUGGGUACCUACAAACACGGUUAUGAAUGCUACCCUGCUAUGAGAAACGACCCGGCACUUGGUUUCCUCGCACGCUGUGGCCCUGAUGUUGGUUCUGCUAUGCUGAUGCUUGCCAAUAACACAGUGACAGUCAAUGAGGAAGACGUUGGUAAAAUUUCUGAAGAUGAGGAAACCCUUGAAGCUGAAAAUUCUUUUGGGGUGAAGGAGCCAAUAAGGGAGGCAGUUUCUUCAGACAUUCUUGCAGAAGCCACCUCAGUCCCAACCCCAGAGAAGCCAGAAUCUGCUUCAUCAUCAGCUGAACAUCAAAUGUUUGCUGCCAAAGAUGAAGAGAAGCUGUCUGUAGAAGAUGACUUGAAGAAAGCUCAUUGGCCAUCAAUGGUGGACAUGAAUACAAGACUGAGGAGAGUCAUUACAUCAUACCAACGAAACUUCAAGAAAGAAGAAAUGAGACUGGCACAAAAGGCUAAGCAAGGGGUAGAAGCAGACCAGCAUGCAGUAAUCAGAGACGUACUGAACACUCAAGGAUGGGAUUUGCAACAUCUAGCCAUGUAUCUGUGGAAAAUUGAACGCAGAGAAAAAAUUGAGCAGAUUGUACGUGAACGUGAACGACAGAGAAUGGAAGUCUACCAAAGAAAAUGGUCACGUAAAGAAGAGGCUGAUUUCUUCCGUACUGUCUCCACGUUUGGUGUAGAGUUUGAUAGGAAAAGAAAUCGUUAUGACUGGACCAGAUUUCGAGCUAUUUCUCGAUUGGACAAGAAGUUUGAUGAAACUAUGACAGAAUAUUUCAAGGCCUUCUGUGCAAUGUGCAAGCGAGUUUGUGGGCUCAAACUUACUGAAGAAGAAGAAUGCAUGGACUUUCCUGUUGAGAUGCUUAGUGAAGACAAAGCACGCAAGACUCUGGAAAGGGUAGAAUUGCUGAAUAAGAUUCGUGAAGAUAUUCUGACCCAUGUAAUGCUGGACGAGAGACUCAAAUUGUGUCAGCCAUCACCUGAUCUUCCAGAAUGGUGGCAGCCUGGGAAGCAUGAUAAAGAUCUUCUCAUUGGUGCUGCAAAACAUGGGUUAGGCAGAACAGACUUCUUCAUUCUGAAUGAUCCUGAUUUGUCUUUUGUGGAUGUGUUACGCAAACACCUUGUCUUGGAUCAGCCACUACCCAUGCAGAAAGAAGGCUUGAAACUGGAGACAGAUAUAAAAUUUGAACGCCCAGAAGAUAUACUGAAAACUGACAAGAAUGAGAUAAUUGUCAGAUUGGAGAAAGGAGAAGGUACCUUAAAAAUUGAAAAGAUAGGCAUAAAAAAGGAAGUGAAGGUACCUGGAACUGUAGGACAAAUAAAGUUGGAGACAGAUUUACCUCUUAAGGAGGAAAAGAAUGAGGUAGAAUUAACACUAGUCAAAACCGGCAUCAAGUCUGAACAUGAGGGUUUUGUAGCUGAGGAUGAAAAUGAAUGUACAGUGGAGACAGUGAAGAAGACUGCCAGUAUGAAGGAGGUGGAGAUAGGGGAGGAGAAAGGAGAGUCAACUGCAGACAAAGAUAUGCUAUGUAUUAGUGCAGAUGACAGCCAGGAAAUAGGAACAGAAGAUAAAGGUGCAGAAAGUACAAAAUUAAAAGAAGAAAUAGCCAAGGAGAGUGGUACAGAGAACAGAGAUGAUGAAAGUAUAGUUGAAGUGCAUGAGUUGCCAGAGAGACAAGAAUUUCGACAAGAAGAACAGAAAGCUGAUGAAGAGGAAUCUCAGAAUGAAAGAAAACUGGAAACUGAUAGUAACAGCAAAGAAAGCUUAGAGAAACUAGAAGAAGAGACAGAAGAGAAGAUGGAAGUAGAGUCAAAUAAAGAGCCUGAUGAAACUGUUGAAACUGAAAAGAGUAUGGAAGAAGAUAAAUGCAAUGAUUCAGAGAUCAUAAGGGAUGAAGUAGAAAGGACUAAUGAAAUGGAAGAAGAUAGCAAGGAAACUGGCCAUGAUGAGAGUGUAGCAGUGGAAGUGAGUGAAACAAGGGAGUCUGCUGAGGCAAGCAGCUUGGAGGAUAAAAGCAGAGUGCGGUCUUGUGAGAGCGACAUUGUAUCAGAAAACAGUUUGAAGGGGGAAGAGUCUCUGGAUGCAGUUCCCCUUCCCACCAAGCAACAGACCAACUGCAAUACUAACUCACAAGCUGCUGAAUUGAAAGUCAUGUUCCCUGAUUUGGAAGUGAUACAACCACUGUCACGACUGGCAGAGGUAGAUGCAUAUGUCCUUGGAGGGAAGCCGCCCAGCCUCAGUACCGGAGAGCUUCUAGAUUACUCUGAGCCCACUGUAGCCCAGCUGCUAGCACAAAGCUAUCAGAACCCCAUCAAAUGGCCCAAGGACCAUGUGUUAGAGGUGCGUCUGCAGCAUGUAGUUCAUUCUGUUGAGCACAAGGAGUGGCCUGUUCCGCGAAACUUCAGUGUGUAUAACGCUACCAGUAUUAUGUUGGGGACAAGUGGAGAACUGGACCUGAGCUGCCAUGACACUCCUGAUGUUACACCAAAGAGGGACACCUCAACACCCAUGUCUGUGUCAGAGGGGUCAGAAGUUAUCACUAUUACAACUGAUCAUGGUGCUGCCAGGCUACCACUGACAAAGAAGAGGAAAAGGCACAUAGCAAUAGAUGUAGAAACAGAGAGAGCUAAGUUGCAUGCACUCUUGAACAGUAGUGCCACUAGUCAGCAGCCCCCUCCACUAACAAAGCCAUCGCCAUCACACCACUGGGAAACCAACGAAGAAUCAUUAUCAGAAGAAUCAAGACGUUCAACUCCAGUGGCUCCAGUUACAAGUCUGCAGCCCCCACCAGCACAUCAGCAGAGUCCACGUAUUUUAUCAAUGCCAUUUGAUCUCAAAUAUCAUUCUUCACCCAAGAGUUUGGGACAAACUGUGAUCCCGGGAACAUCCAGCACACUGACUCCUAUAGAUCUGUCAUCAGGCCUUCCAAAGAUGAGCACACCUGAGAUUCCCAAGAACAAAGAGAUGAUGAAUGAAGUGCAGGACUUUUCAAUGCCCUCAAAAAAUAAACAAAAAAGUAAACUGGAUGAAAUGCUUGGAAAACUUAUGAAGAAAAAUAAUUAUCCAGCAGAAGAACCGGUUAUUGGCAAAGAAAAGAAGCGGCGCAAAUUGGAUGAGAUAGUGUUGGGGCUGUCAGCUGCUAAGGAACAAAAAUCACUAUUUCCAGACUUGAAAAAGCCAAACACACCAGGAAUGAUCAGUCCCAGUGUGACAGUGACUCCCACCUCAAUCAACUCAACGCAUGGGGGUCCCACAGUAUCAUCAUCUUCAUCCCCUGCUCACAAGCCUUUCACCAUCACUGUAACAUCUGUCCCCUCUCCUGCAGCCCAAAAUUCUUCUCGAAGCAGUAUUGGAGUUGAUAUGGGUGCACUCCCUCAAAUGCCAACUCCGAAGGAAAGUUUUUCCUCCUUCCUUGCUCAUGCAGAACAACAGAAUCUCCUGCUGAAGAAGCAGCAGCAAUCAUCCCUUUCACAAUCUUCACAAGUACAGAGGAAGACAUAUGAGUCUAUGAUUGCAGACCUCAGCAAAGUGGCUGAUUUUUCAUCAAAGAUCAGUUCAUACUCUCAUGAAGCUAAGGUGAACAAAUGGUUGGCAGAGCAGACAGCCCUGAUGCCUGAGCAACCGCUGACAUCAGAUUACUUAGCCCCAAGGCGUCGACGCCCAAGGGUGGACCCAUCUCUUUUAGACUGGAAGAAACUGACAGGAGAUGAAAAUGUUUCUGUUAUUAACAGAUUAACUGGGAAGAAGAUCACUGGAAGCAAGGCUCCACAGCUUAAGAAACUGGCACAGUGGUUACUGGAGAACCCAAUGUUUGAUGUUGAUCCUAAGUGGGCCGAACUUGUAAAGGAGAGAGGGAAUCUCCCACAUGACCUACAGAAGCGGCUGCCACCCAGUGAGAGAAAGAAAGGUCCUGGUCGCCCUCCUCUUCUCUCCAGCCCACCUGGCCAGCAAUCUUCAGUAAGUCAGGCAACAUCCCUUGCGUCAACCCUACCAUUUCCCUCGCUGGCAUCAGCUGGACUGAGCAGUCUCUCUGCAGCAGGACUCAAUCCCAGCAGCAUACUAUCAGGAUUAUCUCUUGGAGGAUUUGACCCAAAGAACAACCCCUUGCUACUUCCAUUUGGUGGAAUGCCAAAUAUGAGUGCCCUGGGCAGUAUGAGUGGGCUUGGAAACCUGGGGAACAUGAGUCUCACAAAUUCUCUUUUUGCCAAUCUGGCAGGUCUUGGAUUGCCAUCACUUGCAGGAAUGGAUGGAAGUGAACUGGGUAGUUCUGGUCCUAGUACAUCUGGAACAGGAAAAACAAAAACACGUAAACCCACAGAUACUGAACGUGGACACAGUAGUUCAAAACCUCCAGUGUCAUCAUCAUCAAAUAUCCCAUCAUCAGCUCUUCCGUUCUUCUUUCCUAAUCCUGGUCUUUUAUACACACCCCUGGGCCUAGGUGGACUAAAUCCAUUUUCAAUGCAACCAGGCUCCAUGUCAUCUGCUUAUGAUAGCCUUGCCCAGCAGUGUGGAUUGCUGAAUGGCAGCUUGGGUGUUAGUGGAACAUCCACACCAACAUUACAGCCUUCAUCUUCACGAGCUGGACAUAAGUCAGGGAGCAGUUCCCGGCCAGCCACCAUGACCUCAACAUCAUCAUCAUCAUCUACCACAGCCAAUCACAGGCAUCAGCGAACAGCCACUAGAGAUGCACUUGACAGACAGCAGCAGCAGCAGUUGCAGCAGUUACUGCUCCCACAUGACACCCAUCUACUGGAGAGCCUCAGUAGAGCUUCAACCAUGGAGGCAGCUCUGCGCAGCGAGAAGCGGGUUAGGGAGGCAGAAAGGAAGGAUGCAGCUGAGAAGAGGUUAAGAGAGGGGGAGAGAAAGGAGUCCUUAGAGAAUCUAAGCAGGACUACAGUUACAGAUUUUGCUACUAGAUCUGAAGAAAGACCAGUGAAGAAAUUUAAAGAAGGUGAAAGAAAAGAAAGUGUAGAAAGUCUUGCCCGUAAUUUCAUGCCAGACAGUUCACCUCACAGUGAAGAAUGGUUUUCAAGGAAAACGAAAGAAUCAGAAAUGAAAGAAGCUUUAGAAAAUUUGUGCAAGACUUCCGCUGAAUUUUUAGCUCGUAGCACAGAAGAGAAAUUUGGUAAGCGCACAAGAGAUGCAGCUGAAAGUCUUGUAAAAAGUUCAUCUAGUAGCACUGCUCAAAAUGAUGAACGGCCACCCAAAAGAACAAGAGAAACGGAAUGGAAAGAAGUUGCUGAAGAGAAGAUUAGUUGCAUGCCGUUAAUUACUGAUCCAAGUGUUGAUUGUGCUGCUGUGGACAUUGAAGCUCUUUUGACUUCCUCUACAGUGUCUAAGGAUGGAGCAACUGUUUCAGUUGUGACACGUUCAGAGGAAGGAGUUAUCCCUGUAGAGAACCCAGCACCACCACCUGUUACAGCAGAAAAGAAUUCUGUGAUGACAUCAGAACCAACAGAAGGGAGUGAGAUUGAAACUGCACAGCAAUCCACAUCACCGACAGAAGCGACUCCAUCACUGCCUCCAUCAUCACCCCAGUCUACAUCUCUACCACAGUCUUCAUCAUCUCCCAUACCAGUAAUGCUGCCUGAGGUGCCUGAACCAGAACCUGAGCCCAGUGGCACUGGUGGGAGGGCAACUAGGUCAGGAGCAGGUCGGCGGGCAAGGAGCACCAAACGGUCGAAACAGGCAGUCGCUAACUUUGAGGAGCCAGAGGCACCAGUGGUAGAGCGCAAGGUUCUGCGAAGUAGUGCAGGAAGAGCAGCAGCAGCAGCCGCGGCCCGAGCAGCAGCAGCAGCAGCAGCAGCAGCUGCUAAAGCAGAAGAACGAGAGAACAGUGAAAACACCAAAGAUAGCAAGAAGCAGGAAUCAGUGGAUGCAAACUGUGAAACUUCACCCAGUGAACAGAAAGCUGAAACGUAGCAUUGGUAAACAUAUUUCUGAUGUGUAAUUUUUCGCCAUUUUUAUAUUAUUUUGGUUGGUUGACUAUUAUUAUUAUUA